GAGGGGGCGCAGACGGUACUGGUCGCGGGCUGCGAGCAGGGGGGCUGGCGGAGCGCCUUGGGGCGCAGUGCGGGGCACCCGCGAGCCCAGGGCGAGGUGUCCAACGAACAGACGGCGCCCCUGGGAGCCUUGCCGACCGGCAGCAGGACUACAGAAUGGUACCCCUAAAUGGAGAGAGAUUACAGGGCUGAUCAGAGAGGACGAGAAACAAGGAAGGCUUCUGAAGGAGCUCUGGGCCUUCCCAGCUCCCAAAGUCAAUAUUGAGAGCCCAGAUGUGUCCAGGGACAUCCUGAAGACAUGUCAGGACAUCCGGAGGGGCUGAGGAGCCUUAGGGCGCCCACAGGGAGAUUCCUGGAGCUGACUAGGAGCCAGUGAAUUUGCUGUUGUUUGAGCAUCCUCCGAUUCUUCCCCCACCUGAAUCCCUGUUGCUAUGGAGACCACCAAUGGGACUGAGACCUGGUAUGAGAGCCUGCACACUGUGUUGAAGGCUCUAAAUGCUACUCUUCACAGCAACUUGCUCUGCCGGCCAGGGUCAGACAACCUGACUGAGGAGAGGCGGGCCAGCCUACCUGGCCGCGAUGACAACUCCUACAUGUACAUUCUCUUCGUCAUGUUCCUAUUUGCUGCCACUGUGGGCAGCCUCAUCCUGGGAUACACCCGUUCCCGCAAAGUGGAUAAGCGCAGUGACCCCUAUCAUGUAUACAUCAAGAACCGUGUGUCUAUGCUCUAAUGCUAAGAGGCCGGGGAUGGCAGAAGAUCAAGAUUCCUGAGGAUUAUCUUGUGGGGCCUCCAGAGCUCAGCUAUGUGUUACAUCAGGCCUCAGUGUUCUAAUCUGUAAGAUCAACAAGAAACAGUACUAAGGGAGGUCAUCAUUGGGGAAGGAGGAGAGGAUCUAGCAGACCUAGGCCUUGUGGAUAAGGAUUUUUUCCAGCAAAGAUAGACGUUACAGACAGUAGGAGCCCUUUGAACAAAUAUAUAAAAGUGGCAGGAAUUCCCUGGUGGUCCAGUGGUUAGGACUCCGUGCUCUCACUGCCAAGGACCUGGGUUCAAUCCCUGGUCGGGAAACUGAAAUCCCACAAGCCGUUCAGUGUGGCCAAAAAAAAAUAAAUAAUAAAAAAAUAUAUAUAUAUAUACACACACACACACACACAUAUAUAUGUAUAUAUAUAUAUAAAAGUGGCAACAUAUAAUGACAAAUGAGUGUUCUAGUGGCCGGAGUGUUGGGGGCUAGGGGCUAGAGGAAGGAAAAGAGGAAGUUGUAGCAGAGGGAAAUGAGACAGGAAAAUGCCCUGAGGACACAUUUUUUGAUGUGUUAUCUUCAAUGACCAUGAGAAGCAGCAAUGAUUAUCUCAUAUCACAGACAGGAAAUCUAAGUUAUGUUACUUACUUAUAUUUUUUCACAUUUUAUGUUUUUCAGCCCAUUUAACAUUUGUGAUUUUACCCCCCCGUGAGGGAAGCAGAGCAAGUGCCAUUCUGCCCAUUUGGGCCAAAGCAGUACCAUGACUGGAACCCAGGUUCUCUGGUCACCUUGCCUAGUGCUUUGCAAAACUGUGUGCUACCUAGGAGUGGAUCUAGGCCUGAAACUUAUAUAAUUCUGGGGGGCCCUCCUUAAGAAAAAGAAUUUUAAAAUAUCUUAUUUUUGCAAGUAUUACAAAAACAUAUCACCAUGUUAAUACAUUGUUGGGGCCCCUCCUAAGAUCUUAAGAAGGAGCCAUGCAAGUACAGAGCCCUGACUGUUAAGCCUCAUUAGCUCCAUGGUCCCUGUGCCCUUCCACCAAUGUCCCAGUGCCUUUCCCAGCCCCAUCUCCAGUCCUGGGGACUUCACUACCUCUAAGGCAGCCUCUAACAUUUUGAAUGAAUUCUGUGAGUAAUUUUCUGAUAUCAAGUUGAAAUCUGCUUCUAGAAGAUUAUUAUCACACCUAGAAGAUUACCAUAUUAAAAGAGGCAGGUACCUGAUUCAGUGGAAAGAGAACCAGCCCUGAUUCUACUACCAGUGUGGUAUAUAAACUGGCUAGACACUUCCCUCUCUGACUCUUGUCCUUCUUCAGCACCGUGAAAUAGAAAGUUGAAAUAGUUGAAAGUCUCUAAGGGCUCUACCAGAUCUGAUAGUCUAGGCUUCACGUACAUUGAUUUGAACCACAUAAAACUGCUGUGCUGGACUUCCCUGGUGGCGCAGUGGUUGAGAAUCUGCCUGCUAAUGCAGGGGACACGGGUUCAAUCCCUGGUCCGGGAAGAUCCCACAUGCCGCGGAGCAACUAAGCCCGUGCGCCUAGAGCCCACAUGCUCUGCAACAAGGGAAGCCACUGCAAUGAGAAGCCCGCACACCGAAACAACGACCCAAUACAGCCAAAAGUAAAAACAAAUUUAUUUUUAAAAAAAGUCAGGAAGUUCCAAUGAAUCCAAGAGUCACACACACACACACACAACUGCUGUGCUUGUAGGUCAAAAACAGCUGAAUAUCAGUAGUUUCACAUGCUUCAGCUGAAUACAUGAAAUGUGGCCAGCUACAAAUCCCAGGCUGGAACCUCCCACUGUUCUGUUUAAUUUCUGUUAUUAAGGAAUCUCCAUGGGGUCUCCAGAAAGCCCUAUCAAAACAUACAUAUUUGUGUAUAUCAAAAACUUUGAAAGCAUAUUUUGAGAGCACUUAUCUCUGAAGAGAAGGAUUAUGGGUGAUUUUCCCUUUCUACUUUAAAAAUUUAUGUAAUAUUUGAUUUAUUUGAUCGUAAGUAUGUUUCUUAUAUAAUAAGGGGGGGGGAAGCUACUUUUACUUUGAAAAAAUGAAAAUAAACACCUGUGUGUUACUUGAAUGGAGGAUCACAGAACACAUUUGCUCCCAUGAGCAGUUAGUCAUGUUGAUUCCAGUUAGGAAUGUUGAUUCCAUGCAAAUCAGUGCUGAGCCCCACGUGUGCUCUCAAGCCUUUCCUCAUAUCUUCUUGAGAGAGAAGGUGGAGACCUGCUUAAGAAGACGUGACAUAUAGGUGGACAACGGACUCGAAGUCUACAGCUGGAUGGGACUUUGGAGACCGCCCAGCCCAAACACCCAAAUAAAAUACGGAAUCCCAACAAGAAUAAGAAUGAAUGUCAGGUAAUGGAUGCUAUCAGGAUUUUGAGAAAUGAGAUUGAGUGGAUGCAGAGGAGCCAGAGAAAGGUAGAAUUUGAACUGGGCUUUGAGAGAUAGGACAGAUCUACGUGGGCAGAGGGAAUGAACGGAACAAGACAAGGGAAGCUUGGAGGCAGAAAUGUGGCAAGACCACCCUCCUGAAGAGAGCAGGUCGGCGGCUGGAUGGAGCAGGAAGCAGCCCAGAGUGGCUGCGCUGGGAGUUCAGUGUCCCCAUCUAUGGGGGAGACUUCCCUUCACACAGUCCUUAUACUCACAGGGCUUAAAAAUAGAGUAAUACAAAUUCUUUUGCUUGUAAGUUACAGAAAUCCAGUGUGUAUUAGCAUAAGCACAAAAGGGGAUUUAUUGAGAGGAGUAUGGGGUAGUUCAAAAGAGGAGCUACCAGGGCUUCCCUGGUGGCGCAGUGGUUGGAAGAUCCCACAUGCCGCGGAGCGGCUGGGCCCGUGAGCCAUGCCUGCGCGUCCGGAGCCUGUGCUCCGCAAGGGGCUCAAUAUACCUCAUUAUGU